AUGAAAAGGAGUACCGAUAUUCAAAAAAGAAUGAUGAAGGUCACAAAAACUGGAUCAGAUCGACAAAUACUUGUCAGAGACAAGAAAGAUGAAGCAAACACCUUUUCCUUCUUGGAAAUUGCGGAAUAUAUUGAUGGCCUGCCAUUGGAUUACGAGCGGGAUGAGAAUUUUCAAGACAAUGUCUACUAUUUGACUACCCACGAUGAUAUAAGAGUUGGUUUCGUAUUGAAAUUUGUCAUUGAAGAAAUGAAAGUAGUAUGCCCCACAAUAUUCGACGGUAUUUUUGUCGUUGAUACCUCAACGGCAGCAUUAAAGUUCAGGAGUCCACAUUUUGAUGAAAGGAACGCUAAACUAGACGCCUUAGGCAACGUAUUACAUGAAAAGUCUUCUCUGGAAGGUAUAAAGGGAUGGAGAAAUGAAAAAUAUACUGUAUGGACCAAUGGGCAGCCCUAUGUCUAUCUUGAACGUGCUAUGGCAGGAAUUAUGGGCAUUAUAACAUACGGUGUUCAUGUAAAUGGGUAUAUAUUGAAUGAAGUCACGAAUGAAAUUAAGUUUUGGAUCCCAAAAAGAUCGGCCACAAAACAAACGUGGCCUCUGAUGCUUGACAACAUUGUAGCCGGGGGUAUUGCUAGCGGCUUCGGAGUUUACGAUACUGUAUUGAAGGAAAGUAUGGAAGAAGCAAAUCUGAUAGAGGAUACAAUUAAGCCAAACAUAAAAGCAGCCGGUGUUGUUUCGUAUCUUCACUUCAUGCCUGAGAAAACUUCAGAAAAAUUCAAAGAUGAAAGCAGUUUCAUUGUUGGGGAGGUUGAAUAUAUAUACGAUCUCCGCCUCCCCUCAGAUAUUAUUCCGGUUCCUAAUGAUGGAGAAGUAGACAGUUUUAAUCUACUUAGCCUGCAAGAGGUGAUUGACGCCCUGGUGAGUAAAAAAUUCAAACCGAACUGUGGACUUGUAAUGGUUGAUUUUUUGAUUAGACACGGAUACAUUACUACUGACAAUGAACCAAACUAUUUAAAACUGGUUGCAAAAAUGCAUAGGACCCUCCCCUUUCCUACUGCCACUUAG